AUGCAUGAAUUCGCAGAGAUUGGUAUCACUCUGACAAGAACGCACUUGAGGAAAAGGUUCCGUUUGAUCUGCACGGAGACCCUCGAGUUCUCGGCGAUAUUUAAUGAGAUGAAAAAGACCUCACGCAAUCACGGAAAAAAUACUCCGGAGGCUGACUUGGUCGAAGCCGCCAAGGUAGAAUACUGCAUCCAGAUGAGUAAACCCUUCCAGUUCGAAUCGGCUUGGCAUGUCCUUCGUCACCAUCCCCAGUGGAUGAUGCAAGGGACAGAGGGAGUAGAAAGGCCGUCAAACCGUCUAUGGGGAAAACCUCGUAAGACUCCGAAGGUAUCCAAAUCAAAACACCAACCAUCGACCAUCAAACUACCUGUUCGAAUCUUGCCGGUUAUCCCGCCCCCGACUCCAUGUGAACCACCUUUGGACAUCAACCAGUCCGAUACCCCAAACCGGACCACCUUGCGCGAAAAUCCAGUCGGAAGACAUAUCGGCUGUCUUAAAGACUUCCGAUACACCGACCGGCAUCAAACCUUCUAG